AUGUACCCCAAAAUCCGAAGUUCAUUCCUGGUUUUCCACAGAGACAUCCAAGAAUACAGGAGACAAUACAACCACCAAGAAUGGCACCAAGGGUUUCACCUACAGUCAAACCUACCGCAAUGUACGCGCUCCCAAGGUGAGGGUGCCAACAGAGACACCGAGGAUGGCCCCGCUUGCACGGGUUGCGAAGUUGGAACCGGUGUUGUAGAUCGGGACGGAGAUGGGGAGUUCGUCUUCUUGCUGCGAAAGCUCAGUCUGUCUCUCUACUUCGAGUGGUUGCUCUUUUCUGCCAUUAUUGCUUUUGUGAUGUUCGAUGUUGGGUUGAGGCUGAUGAUGCUGGAGAAUAAAUACAUGACAGGGGCAUUGACGACAGCCGUAGGACUUGCAACCUUCCAGCUGAAGUACUUCAUAUGUCCCCUUUAUCCAGUAAACGCCGCAUACUUUCGCAUCUUUUCGAAGGAGCUGAUUCUUCCAGAAACUGUGAUAGGCCCGUCUCACCCAGCAGCCAGUCAGGUGUACACAGAGCAAACUGUGCCGCAGAGCUUAAAUUCGAAGAGCCCCAAGGGCAAGAAACAGGCCAAGAAACAAGCCAAGACGACAACCACCAAGCUUCCUUACCAAAGCCCCACUGUUUCUGACGACGAUUCGCACCCGCUCGAUGACCCACUCGAUCCACUCCUUAUCAAUUCGAAACCUGACGAUAUCCCCAAGCCUAUUAGGCUAAAUAAUGCAUAUGCGGACUGGUUGGCUGAAGAGGCAGCUGGAGAGCUAGAACCGGCAUACAAGAAGGAGUCUGUAAGAUCGAUUACUACAAGGCACGGAUUGGGCGAAUCUUCAUUGAGAUAUCGAAUUAGUUGCAAGAAGAGCAAGGCAGAAGAAGCACAAGAUCGGCAGAGGUUAACUCCUCUUGAGGAAGAAGCCUUAAAGAACUAG